UGGGUGAAGGAGAGUUGCAGAAUCCGUUGCUGCUGCAGCAGAAGGAAGCAGACAUAGAUGAGAUAAGCAGUUUGAGUCAAUUAAUAAAGGAAUCGGUGAAGGAGAACAAGAAGCUGUGGUACCUUGCCGCUCCUGCCAUCUUCACCACCAUCGCUCAGUAUUCUCUCGGAGGCGCCACCCAGAUUUUCGCCGGCCACCUCACCACGCUCGAGCUCGAUGCCGUCUCCACCGAGAAUAUGGUCAUCGCCGGCCUCGCCUUUGGCAUUAUGUUGGGAAUGGGAAGUGCACUUGAAACACUAUGCGGGCAAGCAUACGGUGCAAAGCAGAUACAUAUGUUGGGUGUAUACAUGCAACGUUCAUGGGUCAUCCUCACCUUAACAGCUUUCUUCCUCUUGCCCAUCUACUUCUUUGCCUCCCCAAUCUUGAGAUUCUUUGGGCAGGACCACGAGAUUGCGGAGCUCGCCGGAAAGUUCUCGCUCUACAUGAUCCCUCAGGUCUUCGCUUAUGCAAUCAAUUUUCCAAUGCAGAAGUUCUUGCAGGCUCAAAGCAAGGUCAUGGCCAUGGCUUGGGUAUCUGGGUUUGCCUUGGUCUUCCAUAUCUUUUUAUGUUGGCUCUUAAUUGUGCAAUUCAAGCUAGGGUUGGUGGGUGCAGCAACCGCACUCAAUUUAUCUUGGUUGGUAGUGGACUUGGGUCAAUUUUUGUACAUUGUCAUGGGCAAUUGUCCCGGUGCUUGGACCGGGUUCAGUUGGGGGGCUUUUCGUGAUUUGGCAUCCUUCGUUCGACUAUCCAUCGCAUCUGCCAUUAUGCUGUGCCUUGAAUUCUGGUACUACAUGCUACUUGUGGUGUUGGCUGGAAACUUGAAGGAUGCACAAAUUGCAGUGGCUUCCAUUUCCAUCUGUUCCAACCUGAAUGGGUGGGCACUUAUGAUCUUCAUAGGUUUCAAUGCAGCAAUCAGUGUGAGGAUCUCAAAUGAACUUGGAGCAAGAAGGCCAAGGGCAGCCAAAUUCUCAAUUAUUGUGGUGGUACUAACAUCAGCAAUGAUAGGUCUAGUGUUCUUCACCCUUGUCCUCCUUCUGAGGAAUGUAUAUGCUCUCCCCUUCACAAAUAGUCCUGAGGUUGCCAAAGCUGUGUCUCACCUUGCUCUCAUCUUAGCCUUCACACUGUUGCUUAACAGUGUUCAGCCUGUUCUAACAGGUGUGGCUGUAGGAGCAGGAUGGCAGUGGUUGAUAGCUUAUGUGAAUGUUGGAUGUUAUUAUGUUGUGGGUCUUCCUCUAGGGGCCUUCCUAGGUUCAAAAUUGGACUUGGGAGUAGAGGGAAUAUGGUCUGGAAUGAUGAUUGGAGUUGUCUUGCAAACCUUGAUCUUAACAGUUAUCACUUUUAGAACAAACUGGAACAAAGAGGCUGAGGCUGCAGGAUCUAGGAUAAGAGAAUGGGGUGGAUCAAUAGAACCCAUUGAGGAUUCCAAGUCAAACAAGAAUGGAACAGUACUUUUGGCCUGAUCAAUGAUUUUGAUUAUGAAGAGUCAUUGUUUCUUUGAGCAUCCAAUUUGGAGAUUGCUUUGAUCU